GGAUUGCUGCUAACCCGUUUGGGGAAAUCCCAGGUUCGUUUCCUAUGGUGGGGUCCAGACACUAAUUCCCCAGCUCCUCCUCGCUGGUUUCUCUUCCAAAAAAGCAACUGCUCAGCUGUUAAGUAUUGGAACUGGAGUUUGGCCUUAGGACCAGCAGAGACUUGGCUGAGCGGGAGACCCUAAAACAAUAGCCACCUGGAUUCAGGAAGGAGGCCCAUCAGGGAUCGGGCAGCCUGCUCUCUGGGAGUCAGGGAAAGCCAGCGGCCUCCGGGUGACCAUCCCGUCUUCGGACAGAGACCCAGUAGGCGGAAACAUGACUGAGGGAGCCAAUUUUGGCAUUCACUAGCCUUUCAUGCUAUCUGUGAGACUCGAGCCGUCUGACCUGCAGAGCAAUCUUUGCUUUUAAGGCAGACGAACAUCAUCAGAGCCGGAUUCCAGAUUGUCUCUUCUUUGGGGUGGAGUGGAAACAUUUAAGAUGCUGCCAUCUCAGCAUCCAGUUUCCUUUGAGGAGGUGGUCGUGCGUUUCACAAAGGCUGAGUGGGCGCUGCUGACUCCUGACCAGAGAGCUUUGUACAGAGAAGUCAUGGUGGAGAAUUACAGGACUGUGGCCUCUCUGGGUAACUGGCAGGAUGAGGAGAAUUAUAGCAAACAAUGUGCAGUAUUUUUCAAAAUGACUAGCCAUAAAGUGGAGGAAAAGCCUUUCAGGAAUCCAGAACAGUCAAAGAGGCAGGAAGGAAGCAAAGUAAAGAAGUCAAGGAAUAAGUCUGUAGUUUUCCAGGCUGGCACCUGCCUUGAGAAUCCAGCCCAAGAAGAACAUCACAAAGAAAAAAGAAGGAAUAAACAUUCUGGAAGCAGAGAAGCCUUGAGAUGUGAAUCCAGCUUUUCUUCCCAUCAGAGAAUCAUCGCAGGUGAAGAAGUGUACAAAUGCGCUGAAUGCGGAAAGGGCUUUGGUAGGCUUGCAAGCCUUACUUCUCAUCAGAGAAUCCAUAUGAAGGAGAAACUAUCCAAGAAUUCAGAGUCCAGAAGCAGGUUUUGUCUGAGUGAUAAUCCUACUUUCCAUCGAAGAACCCACACAGGGCAAAAACCAUGCCAGUGUUCAGAGUGUGGCAAGAGGUUCAGCUGUAACAGCACUCUGACUUUGCAUCAGAAAAUCCAUUUUGAGGAGAAACAAUAUAAAUGCUUGGAAUGUGGGAAGAGCUUCCUUUGGAGUUCAAACCUCGCCACCCAUCAGAGAAUCCAUUCAGGGGAGAAACCAUAUAAAUGCCUGAUAUGUGGAAAGAGCUUUAGUGCCAGUACGAGCCUCACUUCCCAUCAGAGAAUCCACAAAAAGGAGAGGCCCUAUGAGUGCCUGGAGUGUGGAAUGACAUUUAGUUGGAACGUAGCCCUCAUUACACAUCAGCGAUCCCACACAGGGGAGAAACCUUAUGAAUGCACAGUGUGUGGGAAAUGCUUCAGUCAGACGUCACACCUUAUUUCCCACCGGAGAACCCAUUCUGGAGAGAAACCCUUUACAUGCCAGGAGUGUGGGAAAGGCUUCAGUCAGAGUGCACACCUGGAUGCACACCGAAGAAUGCACACAGGAGAAAAGCCAUAUAAAUGCUUGGAGUGUGGAAAGAGUUUCCGUAUUUCCACACACCUUAAAUCACAUGAAAGAAUCCACUCAGGGGAGAAGCCAUAUAAAUGUUUAGAUUGUGGGAAAAGCUUCAGUCAGAGUUCAAGCCUUAAUACACAUCAAAGAAUCCACACAGGAGAGAUGCCAUAUAAAUGUCUAGAUUGUGGGAAAAGCUUCAGUCAGAGCUCAAGCCUUAAUACACAUCAAAGAAUUCACACAGGCGAGAGGCCAUAUAAAUGUAUGAAAUGUGGGAAGGUUUUUAGGACCAGUUCACUACUUAACAGACACAACACAACUCACACAAAGGUGAAACCAUUUAAACGCCUGCAGUAGUGUGGAAAGAACUUCUCCACUUGUGCACUGCUUACAAGACAUUAUGUAGUCCACACCAGAGAGAAAGAAUAUAGAUGCAGGGACUGCCAGGAAUCAAAUAUGGGAGAUGUAUUCUAAGAGAUCUGUGCUAAACCUGACCAUGAGGUAAUAUUGCUUAUUACUCAUAAUCUCCCUACAAGGGGUAGAUGUUCUGCCAACAUUACAAUGGCACUAUUUGCUCUACAUGGGUUUUGCUGAUCACCCCACUGAGACAAUAAUGGCACCAAAUAUCUGCCGGGAUUUAAUUUCUCUGAAAUGUACUUGCAGAUGAGAAACUUUCCACAAAGAACCGUAGAUUCACUCUUUCAUGUCAAACCUUCUGCAGCCCAGCAUUUUAUCCUUCGUUCUCAGUGAGUGCAAUUCACUAUUUACUUGCCUUUUGGUGUUCAGCUGAAUCAUCCUGGCACAUCACUUUAAAAAACCCAUUUUUAUUAAAAAAUUUCCCCUAUCUAAUAAAAAAAAACAAGAAAGAGUAUAAGCAGCAGAAAAAGAAAUAAAUCGGAGGACCAUGGCUUCACAGUUUAACCAGUUUUAAAACUAUCUUGGCAAUAAAGCAGAAUCCAACCACUUAUUACAACAAUCCAGCUCAUUCCUCUUCAUCGCAGCCUUUCACCUAGCUCUCUUUCCUCUCUGUUACAUAAACUCAUCUACAUUCUCUUCUGUUUUUCCUUUGCAUCCAAAAAGUCAGCAAGGGGCUUCCAGUUAGCAAUAAAAUUAAAUGUCUUUUCUAUAAGUAAUAAAGUAAAAUUAGCCAUUUCUGCUAAUUCCAGCAACUUCAGCCAUCAUUCUUCUACUGUAGGUAUUUUUAUAGAUUUCCCAGUUCUGUGCAUAGAGCAAAUGCACUGCUGUAAUUAUAUGUAAAAAUAAAAGUUCCAUGAUUGUUUUAAA